CGGGCGCCAUGUUGGAUGGAAAGUUCUUUGUUUGCUGCGUCUGCGUCACAGGACUUCGUUGAGUCACUUCCAAACAUGCAGAUCUUUGUGAAGACCCUGACUGGGAAGACCAUCACCCUUGAGGUCGAGCCCUCUGACUCCAUUGAGAACGUGAAGGCCAAGAUCCAGGACAAGGAAGGCAUCCCCCCAGACCAGCAGCGUCUCAUCUUCGCUGGCAAGCAGCUCGAAGACGGACGCACCCUGUCCGACUACAACAUUCAGAAAGAAUCUACCCUUCACCUGGUUCUCCGUCUGCGUGGUGGCAUGCAGAUCUUCGUGAAGACCCUGACUGGAAAGACAAUCACUCUUGAGGUCGAGCCCUCUGAUUCUAUUGAGAAUGUGAAGGCCAAGAUCCAGGACAAGGAAGGCAUCCCCCCAGACCAGCAGCGUCUCAUCUUCGCCGGCAAGCAGCUUGAGGAUGGCCGCACUCUUUCUGACUACAACAUCCAGAAAGAAUCUACACUCCACCUUGUUCUGCGUCUGCGUGGUGGCAUGCAGAUCUUCGUGAAGACCCUAACCGGAAAGACUAUCACGCUGGAAGUCGAGCCUUCGGAUUCUAUUGAGAAUGUAAAGGCCAAGAUCCAGGACAAGGAAGGCAUUCCCCCAGACCAGCAGCGUCUCAUCUUCGCCGGCAAGCAGCUGGAGGAUGGCCGCACUCUUUCUGACUACAACAUCCAGAAAGAAUCUACACUCCACCUUGUUCUGCGUCUGCGUGGUGGCAUGCAGAUCUUCGUGAAGACCCUAACCGGAAAGACCAUCACACUGGAAGUCGAGCCUUCGGAUUCCAUUGAGAAUGUAAAGGCCAAGAUCCAGGACAAGGAAGGCAUUCCCCCAGACCAGCAGCGUCUCAUCUUUGCUGGCAAGCAGCUGGAGGAUGGCCGUACUCUUUCUGACUACAACAUUCAGAAGGAAUCUACUCUCCAUCUUGUCCUGCGUCUUCGUGGUGGCAUGCAGAUCUUUGUGAAGACCCUGACUGGAAAGACAAUCACUCUUGAGGUCGAGCCCUCUGAUUCUAUUGAGAAUGUGAAGGCCAAGAUCCAGGACAAGGAAGGCAUCCCCCCAGACCAGCAGCGUCUUAUCUUUGCUGGCAAGCAACUUGAAGAUGGACGCACUCUUUCUGAUUACAAUAUUCAGAAGGAAUCAACCCUUCACUUGGUACUCCGUCUGCGUGGUGGUAUGCAGAUCUUUGUCAAGACUCUGACAGGCAAAACCAUUACACUCGAAGUUGAGCCCUCUGACUCAAUUGAAAAUGUUAAGGCCAAGAUUCAGGAUAAGGAAGGCAUCCCCCCAGACCAGCAGCGUCUCAUCUUCGCCGGCAAGCAGCUGGAGGAUGGCCGAACUCUUUCUGACUACAACAUCCAGAAGGAAUCUACUCUCCAUCUUGUCCUGCGUCUGCGUGGUGGUAUGCAGAUCUUUGUCAAGACUCUUACUGGCAAGACCAUCACCCUUGAAGUUGAGCCUUCGGAUUCCAUUGAGAAUGUGAAGGCCAAGAUCCAGGACAAGGAAGGCAUUCCCCCAGACCAGCAGCGUCUCAUCUUCGCUGGCAAGCAGCUUGAGGAUGGCCGUACUCUUUCUGACUACAACAUCCAGAAAGAAUCUACUCUCCACCUUGUCCUGCGUCUGCGUGGUGGCAUGCAGAUUUUCGUGAAGACUUUAACGGGCAAGACCAUCACCCUGGAAGUUGAGCCUUCAGAUUCAAUUGAAAAUGUCAAGGCUAAGAUCCAAGACAAGGAAGGUAUCCCCCCAGACCAGCAGCGUCUUAUCUUCGCUGGCAAACAACUUGAAGAUGGUCGCACCCUUUCGGAUUACAACAUUCAGAAGGAGUCGACCCUUCACUUGGUCCUACGUCUGCGUGGUGGUAUGCAGAUCUUCGUCAAGACCUUAACAGGCAAGACCAUCACCCUUGAAGUUGAGCCCUCUGAUUCUAUUGAGAAUGUGAAGGCCAAGAUCCAGGACAAGGAAGGCAUCCCCCCAGACCAGCAGCGUCUCAUCUUUGCCGGCAAGCAGCUUGAAGAUGGCCGCACUCUGUCUGACUACAACAUUCAGAAGGAGUCCACCCUCCAUCUGGUCUUGCGUCUGCGUGGUGGCCAGUAAUUCUGUUCUCAUUAAUUCAUUUAUGAUCUGGCAUAUUCAAUUUGUGGCUAAAUCAUCUGUGCCUUCUAAUAUCAGACUUCCUGUAGGAUUUCUCCUUUCUUUCUAGUCCUUCACAUGGUAGGAAGGCACUUACAUUUUGUCUGGUCAUCUGAACUUUUAUUUGUGAUAUUAUAUUAUUGUUAUGCGGUUUCUGAACUGCAUUAAUUAAUUCCCACUUUUUUUAUCAGACAUUUUUUUAUGUUGUGAAUUGAUACUUGAAUUAAAUAUUGCUACAUCCAAA